AUGGACUCCAUCAAAGGACUAUUCAGGCCGGCUAAGCCAGAGCACCACGAUCCGCUCGAAUAUGCUCCUCUUACGGAGGAGCCGCGGGAGCUCGAGGGUUCGACGGACCAGGAGGGCGAGACAUUCGAGAGUGAUGUUCCUUUCUCAUGGUUUGAGUACUCUGUAUUCGCCAUAAUAGGUGUUGCUAUGCUUUGGGCUUGGAACAUGUUCCUUGCAGCCGCUCCUUAUUUCCACAGUCGAUUUAUUGCGGAUGACUGGAUACGCGAGAACUUCCAGUCCGCGAUCUUAUCCGUCUCGACCUUUUCCAAUCUCGCUGCAAUGCUCAUUGUCACAAACAUACAACGAUCUGCCAACUACCCUUGGCGGAUAAAUACUGCGCUCGUUCUGAACACAACAGUCUUCACCCUCUUGACCAUCUCGACAAGUUGGUUCUUGGAUGUGUCUCCAGGGUUGUACCUUGCUUUCCUCCUGCUUAUGGUCGGGUGCUCCGCUUGUGCAACUGGGCUCUUUCAGAACGGAGCCUUCGCUUUCGCUGCUAGCUUCGGACGACCGGAGUACACACAAGCCAUUAUGGCCGGCCAGGGUGUCGCCGGUAUUCUGCCGCCGCUUGCACAAAUGAUAUCGGUGCUCAUCGUCCCGGACGGACCACCACCGCCGCCGCCGCCGCCUGGCCAAGGACCCGAGAAGCAGGAUAUCCCGGUAGGCACCUCGGCCUUCAUCUACUUCCUCACGGCGGUAGCCGUCUCCGCCACCGCCCUGGUCUUCUUCGUCCCGCUAGUCCGGCGGCACAACCACAUCAUCGAGAACCGCAUGGUGUACGAGCACAUGGAGAGCAGCGUGCACAGCAUCCACGAGGCCGAGCAGCUGCACCGGCGGCAGGUCAGCCUGUGGGCGCUGUUCCGCAAGCUGCACUGGCUGGCGGCGGCCGUGUUCAUGUGCUUCGUGGUGGCCAUGUUCUUCCCCGUCUUCACGGGCAAGAUCUUCAGCGUCCGCGGGCCCGGCGCCGGCCGCCUCUUCCAGCCGCCCGCGUUCAUCCCGCUCGGCUUCUUCUUCUGGAACCUGGGCGACCUGGCCGGCCGCAUGUCCACCAUGCUGCCGUUCGGCACCACGCACCGCCCCGUGCUGCUCUUCGCCUUCAGCAUCGCCCGGCUGAUGUUCCUGCCGCUGUACCUGCUGUGCAACAUCCGCGGCCAGGGGGCGGUCGUCAACAGUGAUCUGUUCUACCUGCUUCUGGUGCAGUUCCCCUACGGACUGACCAACGGCUGGCUGGGCACGAGCACGAUGAUGGCAGCCGGCGAGUGGGUCGACGAAGGGGAGCGGGAGGUGACUGGCGGUUUUAUGGGGCUUUGCCUCGUGUCAGGCCUCACUGUAGGCAGUUUGCUCAGCUUCUCGGCUGCUGGUAUCUAA